GACCGAACAAUUCGUUCUAGCCAGCAAGCGUUUGGGUUAGCUUCGAAAAACUACCAACAGAAUCGCAUAAUAUAAGAGCGUAUUAAAAGCGUGCCUAUUGAUUGACACUUGUUUUCGCAUCGGAUUAUUUACUGGUGCCAUCACUUAAACUACCUGACCAUUGCUAAACAUAACACAGUGAAACAGUGGCUAGCUGGAGCUAGUUGUGUGCAGCCUACAACAAUUAUUAUUGUUAGCAACGAGAUGGAUCUGUUCGGUGAUCUCCCAGAACCAACACAGGUAACAGCUAAGAAGGAUCCUAAGCCACCUGAAGAAGACAGAGGGGAAAAGAGGAAACAUGAUGAGCUUCAAGAAAAUGAGGUGACCGAGGAAAAGAGUCAAGAGGAAAAGAAAGUUUGUAAAGAACAUGCGAGGAUGAAGGCCUAUGUAGCAGCUCGGCGAGGAGAGAGGGAUGAGAUGCAGGAUGCCCACGUUCUCCUUCCUGAUAUGGGAAGUGUCGCCUCUACCCUACCAUCCCAAGUGUCUCGACUGGCCUACUUUGCGGUGUUUGAUGGUCACGGUGGAGCGAGGGCUUCCCGAUUCGCUGCAGAGCAUCUACAUCAUAACCUGGUUGCCAAGUUCCCCAAAGGUGACGGAGAGAACUUGGACAAGCUAAUCAAAAAGUGUCUCGUGGAUACAUUCCGUCAGACAGAUGAGGACUUUCUGAAGAAAGCCUCAAGCCAGAAGCCUGCGUGGAAGGACGGCUCCACUGCCACGUGUGUGCUGGUGGUGGAUGACGUGCUGUAUGUGGCCAACAUCGGGGACAGCAGGGCUGUUCUUUGUCGUUCAGAGCGUGUGGAGGACACAGGGGAAAAGAAAACGGUGACCCUCGCACUUAGUAAAGAACACAAUCCCACCAUCUACGAGGAACGCAUGAGGAUACAGAGGGCAGGGGGCACAGUCAGGGAGGGUCGUGUGUUGGGGGUUCUGGAGGUGUCCCGCUCCAUAGGAGAUGGCCAGUACAAGCGCUGUGGAGUCAUCUCUACGCCAGACAUCAGACGAUGCACGCUCACUGCCAGCGACCAGUUCAUCAUUCUGGCCUGUGACGGUCUCUUCAAGGUCUUCUCACCAGAGGAAGCGGUCAGAUACGUCAACAACAUCCUAGAGGACACAUCUGUUGCCGUGGAGAAGAAGGAGGACCAGACGGAGGGGGAGGCCCGUUACGACGCCGCUUGCCAGCGAUUGGCCAGCGAGGCUGUGAGGCGGGGCUCUGGCGAUAACGUCACUGUGAUCCUGGUGACCGUCGAGCUCUGACAGCCAUGAGUCUGUUAAUGUGCGCAUUCCAAUAUGCCGACUUACGUCCUCCUCUUGCGCUUGUGGCCUCGUACCAGGAAGUAAUACAUCAUGAUGACAUCACUGACGACAGCAUUGCAUUUCAAUAUCUCGCAAAAGCUCAAUUGUUAAGUCAUUUUUCUCAUUUGCAAACUGCAUGGUGAAUGAAGAAUAAUCCCCCAAAAAUUGUUGUGGCUAGGCUGACAGCGGGGAAACGUAAUUGUUUUCCCCACGGAGGCGAAGCGUCAGCAAAACGUGGGGCCACAAGCACAAGUGGAGGAAGGGAGUCCACAUAUUGGAAUGCACUCUGUGUGUCCCCUUUCCUGUCUCCAGGAAGCACUGAGGUCCAAGAAAGAGCUGUGCUCUGCCAAACAUGCCCUCAAAGUCUGCUACACUAUUAUUUUACUGUUAUGGGCUUGUAGUUCACAUGCUAUUUGGUUACUUGGGGUGUUGUGGGCUGAGAAUAAGGAAUGUUUCUCUGUGUCUCAUUCGUGCUGAGUAAUGCAUCACCACCCUACUGAAUGAAUUAUUCAUUAAAGCCUUGCAU